CGUAUCUGUGCUGCUAAAUUCUGAAAUUCUGUUGUAGUUUACAUGAUUGUAGUGUUUAUUUAAACUUGAAAUGUUAAUGGAUUAUUAGAAAAAUGUUUCUGAAUGUUUAUUAGUUAAUUUCAUAUAAAUGACACCAUCUAAUGUAGUGCUGUUCCAUUUCAGGCAAUGCAUUUUAGUAUGAAUUUUACAAAACAUUGGUUUGGUAGAAGCCUGAGUCUUAUUUCCUAAUGAAAUUUUACUAGAUAGAUUCUAAAUUUCUUCACAUUUCUUGUUCAAGUGAACCAAAUCGUUAUGUUAUUCCUUCUUUUUGUUGGGUUGCUCUUUCAACUAGACUACUCGCUAUGUUCGGAAACUGCAUCUUUCUAUGGCUCAAGCUACAUCUCAGUUCCUCUACAAGAUGCAAAGAGUGCUACUGAUUUACAACUCAAAUUUCGCACAAAACGGGCCGAUGCUCUCCUGUUUUUGGCCGCUGGGCGCAAGGACUACUGCUUCAUUCGAUUGGAAUCUGGAAGGUUGAAGAUGCAUAUUAAUCUGGGAGCAGGCGAAGAAGAAAUAAGCUCACCGAAAGGCUUGAAGCUCAAUGACUUGGCUUGGCAUCAUGUUAUCAUAACAAGGAAGGAGGCUGAUGUAGUACUUCAAGUCGAUCAAAUUCAUGUUACAAGACAAAAGCUGCCAGACAAAUUCUUCGAGCUGAACAUCCACUACGGCCUGUUCCUGGGCGGGCAAGGCGAGUUCUCGGAGCUGUUUCUGGGGCACACGGACUGGCUGCGCGGCUGCCUGGCCGAUGUGGUGUACAAUGGCGUCGAUGCGCUGAACAGGGCGCGACACCGUGUGGCUCAGGCCGACGCCCAGGGCGUCACCUGGAACUGUGCGCCCGAGUUCGACGCCGACGAGCAACGGGAGAUCAGCUUUGUCGAGGACGGCGCCUACAUGGCGCUGCCUAACAUCAUUUCUCGAUCUGGGUCCAAAUGGCAACUGGAGCUGAAGACGACCUCGGAGCAGGGCAUGGUGAUGUACUCGUCAGGCACGUCGGCGGGCGGCAAGGCGGACUUUGUGGGCCUGGAGCUGGUGGCGGGGCGGCCACGUGUCGUGCUGGACAAGGGCAACGGCGCCGUCGAGCAGACGGGUGACGUACGCGUGGCAGACGGCGAGUGGCACUCGGUCGCCGUCCACUUCACGCCCGCCCUGGUUGAGGUGACGGUCGACGGAAAAGUCGUCUCCACCAAGCUCGCGCAAGGCGGCAGCAAGCAUUACGAUCUCGGCGAUACUGUUCACAUAGGCGGAAUAGAGCUUAAUAAGCGGUCACGCGCUCUGGGGCAAGGCCUGAGAACGGCCGACACUAGCUACAAGGGCUGUCUGCGUAAUGUGGAGGUCGACGGUCGUCGGCUGGGCAUUCCUCAGGCCAAGGUCACUCAGGGCAUUCUGCCCGACUGUGUGUGGGUGUACCCCUGUCGCCAGCAGCCCUGUGUCUCGGAAGCCACCUGCCUGCAGCUUGGCGUCAACUCGUUUCACUGCGAAUGUGACAGGCCGCACUGUGUUAAGGAGGACUUUGCUAGCUCCUACAAGGUAUUCUCGAAAGCUUCGCUGCUGGAGCUGGUUGAGAUAAGUCCGCUGCAUGUGUCUGAAGGAGAGAAUGCACUGCUGACGCCCUAUCACGUGAACGUGAUCCUGGACUACGCCAAGUAUGGCGUGAGAGACUCGGGAGUUCUCUUCUCCACCAUUGGUGCUCCGAAGCACGGUCGGCUGGCUGUCGAAGUGUGGGAGCGCGGAGGCACCCAACAGAUGUUCACUCUGCUUGACCUCUCUAAAGAUAAGGUUCGAUACGUGCACGAUGGCUCGGAAAGCCGUAGUGAUAGCAUAGAGAUGGAGCUGGAACUGUCGCCCGGCUCUGGGUUCGUUCUGCCCGGCUACCUACAAGGGAGACAUCGGUUGGUGCUACAUGUCGACAUAGAGCCACUCAAUGAUCCUCCCAGUCUGCUCACACCUCCCAGCAAAGUGCUCAGGCUUGCUCAGGGCACAAGAAAGCAGUUGACUGAAGACCUACUGAACGCAACCGACCCUGACAACGAUGCGGCGAGUCUGAUGUACAGCGUGCUGAGUGGCGGCCCUGAGAUUGGCGGACAGAUAGAGCAUGCGCAGAAGCCGGGUGCAGCUCUAACCUCCUUCACACAGGCGGACAUCAACAGCGGUCUGCUCUACUACGCGCACAAUGCGCAAGCUACCGGCGAGUUCAAACUACCUCUGCAGGUGUCAGAUGGUAUGGAGACCAGUUCAGCUGCCAUUCUGCGCAUCUCAGUGUUCCCGCUGGUGAUCAGGCCUGCCAACAACACGGGAGUGGUGCUCACUCACCACUCGUGGGUGCGAAUCACGGCUGCCAACCUCAGCUACACCACAAACGCCGACGAUCCGACGCUACAGAUUCUCUAUCAGGUGGAGCAAUUGCCGGAAUUUGGUUGGCUGCAACGGCAGCACUCGCUGGAGGAGGAGGAUGAGGAGGAGACAACGUGGCAGAAUGUGGUGCAGUUCAGCUCCCAGCAUCUGGCCAUGGGCCAAGUGCGAUACAAGCACAGUCAGGGCACUCCGUCGCAGGACACCUUCAAGUUUCGUGUAUCGGUGUUGGAUGUUCAGCCGACAACGCUCUAUGAUUUCCGUUUGACUUUCACUGAUCUUCAUUUGGAGAAGGUGCAUAAUACGUUGGUUGUAUUGGACAAAACCCUGGAAGCAACACUCACGCCUGAACAUCUCUUGUAUUCGACAACACCCUUGUCUGUCGACCAUAAAAGCAUCACAUAUGAGGUGGUGGGCCUGCCGCGCUACGGCGAGCUAUCGGUGGAGUCGCGUGCACUACGCGUGGGCCAGCAGUUCACGCAGGCGGAGGUUGACAGCCGCCUGGUCGCCUACCGCCUGCACCACACGGCCUACUCGCCCAUCCAGGAUGGCCUCGCCUUCCGCGUGUCGGCGCCCCACUGCCAGGCGCUGCCCCCCACCACCAUACUCUUCCGCCACACGCCUGCCGCCCACCUCGUCAGCAGUGUCAACAUCGUACUCAACACACUCAAGGUAAUGGAAGGUGGUCACCAGUUCCUGACGAAAGAGAUCCUAUGGCUGACUGCUCCGAUGGUGACCGGCCUGAGGUACGAAAUCAGCCGACGGCCGACGCAUGGGUGGUUGGAUGUGCUAAACACCGACCGCACCGCCACACUCCGUUCAAACGUGUCCUACUUCUCGCCAAACGAGUUGUCCGACAAACGACUGCGCUACACGCACGACGACUCCGAAACCACCUCGGAUGCGUUCGAGUUUGUCGCCUUGUCGACCCAGAACGAGGACUUUCUUUUUGUCGGCGACUUGAAGAUAACGAUAAACUUGACGAACGACAACGCGCCGGUGCGAGUGGUAGAGUCGGUGUUCCGCGUGGUGCAGAACGGCGAGCGCCUGUUGACCGGCCGCCACUUGAGGUACAUUGAUGCCGACAUCGACUGCACGCCGCAGGAUAUUGUCUACACCCGCCGCGGCAUCCCCAACGGAGGCAUAUUCAGUGCGCACAAUCCGGCCACGCCCAUCUUCCAGUUCACUCAGGCUGACCUGGACGACGGCAAGGUGCUGUUCAGACACGAGGGCGACGUGGUAGAGAGCCGCGUGAGCCUGUGGGUGAGCGACGGCGUGCACCAUGGUGAGGGUGCACUGGAGGUGCGGGCCUCUCCGCCCUACGUCGAGGUCACCAACAACACAAGGCUGGUGGUGAGGCAGGGGGGCGCGGCACCCAUCACCACGCACCACCUCAGCGCCGACACCAAUGUCAACCUCAAGCAGGACCAGAUCAGGUUCGAGAUAACACAGGGUCCUCGCCAAGGCUUACUGGAGCUGGGAGGCGUGGACGCGGUGGAGGUGUUCACACAGGCUGACUUGGAGCAAGGCCGGCUGCAGUACCGGCACAAUGGCGACGUGACCAGUGUGCAGGACGCGUUUCGCUUCCGCGUGGCGGUAGACCGCGGCGGAGGCGGAGGCGGUAGUGCGGCCACCGAGGCCCAGUUCCGCAUCCGCGUCUUCCCCGCCGGCUAUUGGGAGCCGCUCCUCGUCACCGCCAACCACUCGCUGCACGUCGAGGAGUCCACCAGUGUCAUACUGGCUAGCAAGUACCUGCAGGUGAAGCAGCCGCACGUACCUCCGUCGGACAUAAUGUUUGUGAUAGUGGAGCCGCCGCGCUACGGCUACCUGGAGAUGGAGGGCGCCAACCGCAACGCCAUAGAGGACAUGCGCGAGGAGCAGGUGGUCGCCUUCGAUCAGGCCUCCAUUGAUGCGGGCAAACUGCAUUAUGUGCAGGCCACCACCAACCAGACCACCGAUCGUAUGGUCCUAGACGUCACCAAUGGCAUUACCUGGCUCAGGGGGCUCAUUGUGACAUUCGUAGUGGUACCGGACAAACUGUACAUCGGGGGCGGGGAGCUGCGCUGCGAGGAGGGGGGCAACGUGACAGUGCCGGGGGGGAUGCUGGGGGCGCUGACCGACUACUACUCGGGCCGCCUCACCGAGUACCGCCUCCAGGGGGGCCCCUCCCACGGCCGCCUAGUGUCCGCCACGCAGCCCCUCCGACCGAUCACGCGCUGGUCCGCGCACCUCUUGCAGUCCGGGUUGAUACAGUACGUGCAUGAUGGGAGCGAAAACGUGGAGGAUGUGAUGGAAGUGGUGGGCAGAGCUGACGAGAAGGAGAGCGUGCCUGCGCGUCUGCACAUCACUGUCAUCCCUGUCAAUGACGAGCCACCCUCCAUUGUCAACAACACUGGCCUGUUUGUAUGGAGAGGCGGGCGACAGCUCAUCACACCUUCUCACUUAGCUGCUGUUGACAAAGAUACUCCUCCCGAGAACGUGACAUUUGCAGUGAUCUCAGCCACGGCUGGAUACUUGACUUUUCUCAAUCAUCCCAACAUGUCCAUCGAUAAAUUCACACAAGAUCACAUAAAUAAUUUGAAGGUUGCGUUCGUCCAUUCAGGGGAAGAAAUGGACGGCGAGUUUGACGUGGUGGUGAGUGACGGCUCGGCGUCGGUCGGCCCCGUCACGUUCUCGGCGAAGGAGCGCGAGGCAUCCGUGUGGCUGGCCGAGAACAACGGCCUUCACGUCUUCCCGCUGCUCAGGAAGCCGCUGACGUCAUCACUGCUCAAGGCCGAAUGCUCGGACCCGUCGCGAACCAUCGCCUACCGCGUGACGUCACCGCCCGCCCAAGGCCAGCUGGUGCUGCAGUCGGAGCCGACCGCGACCUUCACGCAGGACGACAUCGACAGCAACCGUGUAUGGUACCAGCACUCGACCCCGUUCAGCGACAUGGCCGCCAACGACUCGUUCGUGUUCGACGUUGUGGCCGCGUUUGCUCAGCCGCUUGUCAAUCAGGAGUUCCACGUGGAGAUCUCGGUGUGGUCGGGCGGACUGGACCAGUUUGUCGACCUGAGCACGACGCUGGAGGUGGCGGAGGGUGGAGGGGCGGUGGUGCUACUCAACACCUCAGCCGUUGUCUGGUUGCUGGCCCAGCACGUGGGCCUCACCGCCCCAACCAUACAGCUGCAGCUCACUGCGCCGCCCCGUCACGGCCAUCUCUGUCUCCUCCAGGCCACGGCCGCCGCCCCCAACUGCACCGCCACCACGUUCACUCAUCAACAGGUUGAUUCAGGACAACUGACCUACCAUCACGAUCAUUCCGACACCACAACAGACGAGCUGAAAUUCUCCAUGUACCUAGAGCCUGGCGAGGUGCUUCUGUGCAACAUCACACUUCCGGUUUCGAUCCGACCAAUCAACGACCAGCCUUUCAAGCUGAUCACGCAGACUCCACACAUGAGUGUCGUUCAAGGUCAGACGCGACGCAUCACCCGGGAACAGCUGCUCACUGAAGACGACGAUACACCACCUGAGGAGCUAGUUUAUGCAGUCAUCAAUGGACCCGUUCACGGCAAUCUGCUUGUAGGCGGAACUCCACUCGGAAAAUUCACACAGGCCGACAUAGAUGCUGGGAAGGUUGCUUUUGAGCAUUCAGGCCCACUCCAACCGGUCUCGUUCUAUUUUAGGGUUUGGGAUGGGCAGUUCAAACCGGAGUACACUGUCUUCAAUAUUGAUAUACUUCCUGUUGCUUUAAACAUUACUAUUACUGGGUCGGUUACACUUCAACAAGGCUCCAGUGUGGCAGCUGUUACUACUAGUAUUUUGAGUAUAGUUUCAAAUGGGAAGGAGGAGACGAUACUGUACAAUAUUACAACUCCUCCACGUCAUGGUAACAUAUAUCUGGAGGACUCGCCCGCGUCGGCGUUCAAGCAUGAAGAUCUGGUGGCGCGUCGGAUAAUGUACAUGCAGACGGAUAUGACGACGCACAGUGACACGUUCCAGAUGUCGGCUCGGCUGCCUUACGAGAGCUCCCCGACGGUGACAGGGUUGUGGGUGAAUGUCAGUGUUGAGCCGCUGCUGAAGAUUGGGAAGUUCACUCCGAUGGCAGGUGUUAAAACACCGUUUGGGACCGAUGCACUAGAUGCCGGCCCACUAGCUAAACUCACCGGCUCUGAUCCGGUGUACAAGAUUCUGAAAAGGCCGAGGUAUGGAAGGAUCAAGAAGAUAAUUCGGAGUUCGGGUGAGAGGAGGAUGGUGAAGGAGAAGGAGGUGAACCGGUUCACGCACGAGGAGAUACGUAGUGGUGUGAUAUACUAUGUGGCAAGGAAGGUGCCCGAAACGGUGCGGGAUGGGUUUCCGUUCCUGCUGGAGGCGUCCAUCUUCCAGCCGGCGAUCGGCGACGUGCGGUUCGACGUGAUUGGUGAGCUGGCUUCGCCGUCGACCGUCAGCCCCCGUUUGCCGGGCCCCAAGGCGCCCGUGGGGCAUGAAGGGGGCGUCGAGAUGGCCAGCCCCAACAUGAGUGACGAUUACCUGCUGGUGGUUGGCAUGGUGGUCGCCACCAUAGUGCUGGCUGUGUUUGUGGUCAUCCUGGUGCGGUGUGGCUCCAAGCGGUCGGAGGUUGGCGGGCCCGGCGGCGAAAAGACUGACUUCAACGCUUCGCUGCCUCUGCCUCGGCCGCCCGACGAUCUCAUGCCGUCCUCGCCGAUGCCCAAGCGCGCUGCUCCGCCGAUAAUCAGCAGCGCAGUGCCGCAAUGCAAGGUGAUCCCGGUGGUUGGCGCAGGCGCAGUGGCGACCGGUGACUCGAUGACCACCGGUUCGGAGCCGGAGCUGAACCUGCACUACCCGUACGGGGCACCCGACGAGGACUGGAGCAGCUACGAGGCAUCGGCCGACUCGGCCGGCGCAUACCCCGCACAGCGAGGCAACAACCCCAUGCUUCGGCGCAAUCAGUACUGGGUCUGAUCCACGGCCACAACACAACACAUUUCAUAGACUUUUCGGUUUCUGAACUGCGAUGAGGAAAGGUAGCAAACGUUUUUCGGUUUCCAAACUGAGACGAGGACUGGAGCAAGAUGUUUCAAAGUGGUUCGCAGCUGCAACACACUCCAUUUUGUACAAUUCGUUUAUUUGUUGAGUUGUUGUUUAACUCUGAACUGAUACUCGAAAAGGUAGCAAGACGUUUUACAUUGUUACGCUGCUGAAGCUAGAACACACUCCAUUUUGUACAACUCGUUUCUUUGUUGAGUUGUUGUUAAGGUGCGUACAGAUUUACGCGCCGCGAACAUGAGCAAUUCACUUUUAAUCAGCUGAUUAUAUCUGUAUUUUUACAGAAACGGUAAGAUACAGAUAUAAAAAAUGGCAUCAGCUGAUUAAAAGUGAAUUGCUCAUGUUCGCGGUGCGUAAAUCUGUACGCACCUCUAGAUUCUGAUCUGAUAUUCGAAAAGGUGACAAAACUUUUCAUAGUGGUAUGCUGCUACAGCACACUCUAUUUUGUACAACUCGUAUCUUUGUUGAGUUGUUCAGUUAUUGUUCUUAAAUUCUGAACUGAUACUCGAAACGGUAGGCAGACGUUUCAUAGUGAUACGCUGCUACAACACAAUCCAUUUUAUACAACUCCUUUCUUUGUUGAGUUGUUCAGUUGUUGUUAAAUUCUGAACUGAUACUCGAAACGGUAGCAAAACGUUUCACAGUGUUACGCUGCUACGUCUAGACCACCCUCCAUUUUACAAGACUUGUUUUUUUCUUUGGUUCAGUUGUUCAAUUCUGAACUGACACUCAAAAAGGUAUCAAAACGUUGCCCCGUGUUACACUGUGUUUCGGUGCUACAAAAUGUUAUUGGACUCGUUUCUUUGUUUAAUUCAGUUGAUGUUAAACUCUGAACUGGCACUCGAAAAGGUAGCAAAACGUUUCAGUGUUAAGAUGCUCCGACUAGAACAUACUCCAUUUUAUACGACUUGUUUCUUUGCUUUGUUCAAUCGUUUGUAAGAUUCUGAUGUAUCACCAAAAAAUGUAGCAUAACGUUUGACAGUGUUACAAUCCUUUUAUAUACUUUUUCGGUUUACUUGUUGCAUUCAAAAUUGACACUCGAAAAGGUAGUAAAACGUUUCACAGUGUUAAGCUGCUACAACACACUCCAUUCUAUAAACUUGUUUCAUUGGUCGGUUCUGAACGUUUAAAGAAAGCUUGACGAUUUUGCAUUAACGAAAAUAGUAGCUACUGAGUCAACAAUUCUAUUUACAGUGAAACGUCGGGAAUCACAGUUGAGAAAUUUAAUAGCAACUCUAACAGAAUGAUAACUGGAUUGGACUGUCAUGUAUAACAAUAUAUAUGUUCAUGUAUUGGUCAAUAAAUUGAACAUAGUAGUUAAUGCGAACUCUGUACUAUUCAGGUGGAGAACGAGUUGUCAAAUAAAACUCGUGAACCUCAUAAUAUUCGAAACUAGAUGCAAAAAUCGUAUACAGUUAUAUCAAGUGAGAGAAAUACUGAUCGUGUUUUUCCUUUCCCGUUUCAAGCUAUCAGUUUUCAACUUUCAAGUGCUGUAAUGACUAAUAUAGUACAAGUGCAAUAGUACUAUAAUGUCCUGAAAUCAAUAUCAUAGAGAAACAAUAGCGUAAGAAACUUAUGCUAUUUUUUCUCUAUGUCAAUAUCAAACAAAUACUGUAUUAAAUUAUGCUUAAAUUAUUUUUACAACAUUUUUGCUCUGAAAUUCUAUCUCACAGAAAUUGCAGUGGAAUGGGAUUGGACAAUGAUCAUUUAAUGGUGACCCCAAUAGUAUCCAUCAAUUUCAGUGAUAUCUUUCAAUACUGAAAGAAACAAUUGAAAAUAUGAAAUAUCCAAGACAUACUGUGUUUUGAGUGUUUUGAUACUUAUUUCAAUACAAUCGGAUGUAUGAAGAAGCUGCAAAAUAUUUCCUGGUCCAAGCUUGUAUUGAACUUGAAGGUUGGUAUUAAAAAAGACGUAAUCAUUUUUAUUGGGGUUGCGUGUACGGGAAAUCAUUGCUAUAAUUCUGUAAAAAAUUCAGUAGAUAAUUAGUUAUUUAUUAUACCUAAUUGGGUUUUAGUUUUUCUUUUAAUUAUUUCAACUAAUUAGUUGCAUUUUGUUUGGCAUUUAAUAGGUUUGUAGUAGUGUGUGGAAGAUAUUUAACAAUUUAGAAUUUUUAUUAUUUAUUUUAUUUAAUUUGCCAAAUGGAAGUAAUAAAUAAUAUUUUCAUUUAUAGAUAUUCAACAGUAUUGAACGAGUUUUUGUUGCAUUAUUAUAAUAUAGUUGUAAUAUUCUAUAUUAAAUUAUUAGUUAUUUAUUCAGAAAAUGAAUUACCUGAGUUACAAUUAACUUUUCAUAAAUAUUAUUCCAGCUUUAAUUUUUCUAAUAUUCCAUUUUUUCAUACUACCUCUAGAACUGGUUUUAUAAUUUUUAUUGUAGGGUGAACCAAACGUAGUGUGCUCAAGAAUAGUGUAAAAAUAUUGUCUUCAAUCAAAGAUUUAAAAGGAAUUCAUUGGGUUAUUGUUAGAUUCUGAACUGAUAUUCGAAAAGGUGGCAAAACUUUUCAUAGUGAUACGCUGCUAUAACACACUCCAUUUUGUAUAACUCGUAUCUUUGUUAAGAUGUUCAGUUGUUGUUAGAUUCUUAACUGACACUCGAAAAGGUAGCAAAAUGUUUCAUAGUGCUAAGCUGCUACAACUAAACCACACUCCAUUUCAUGACUCGUUUCUUUGUUUAAUUCAGUUGCUCGAUUCUGAACUGACACUCAAAAAGGUAUCAGAACGUUGCCCCGUGUUUCACUGUGUUUCGGUGCUACAACAUUUUAUUAUACUCGUUUUUUUUUUUUUUUUGUUUAAUUCAGUUGAUGUUGAAUUCUGAACUGAUACUCGAAAAGGUAGCAAAAUGUUUCAUAGUGAUAAGCUGCUACAACUAGACCACACUCCAUUUUAUGACUCGUUCCUUUGUUUAAUUCAGUUGCUCGAUUCUGAACUGACACUCAAAAAGGUAUCAGAACGUUGCCCCGUGUUUCACUGUGUUUCGGUGCUACAACAUUUUAUUAUACUCGUUUUUUUUUUUUUUUUUUUUGUUUAAUUCAGUUGAUGUUGAAUUCUGAACUGACUUUGAUACUUUGACUUUGACACUUGGGGCAGUGGUAGCAAACCAUUUUGUUUUGACUUUGACACUUGGGGCAGUGGUAGCAAACCAUUUUGUUUUGACUUUGACACUUGGGGCAGUGGUAGCAAACCAUUUUGUUUUGACUUUGACACUUGGGGCAGUGGUAGCAAACCAUUUUGUUUUGACUUUGACACUUGGGGCAGUGGUAGCAAACCACUUUGCUUUGACUUUGACACUUGGGGCAGUGGUAGCAAACCACUUUGUUUUGACUUUGACACUUGGGGCAGUGGUAGCAAACCAUUUUGUUUUGACUUUGACACUUGGGGCAGUGGUAGCAAACCACUUUGUUUUGACACUUAUUUCAAUACAAUCGGAUGUAUGGAGAAGCUGCAAAAUAUUUACUGGUCCAAGCUUGUAUUCAACUUGAAGGUUGAUAUUAAAAAAGACGUAAUCAUUUUUGUUGGGUUUGCGUGUACGGGAAAUCAUUGCUAAAAUUCUGUAAAAAAUUCAGUAGAUAAUUAGUUAUUUAUUAUACCUCAUUAGGUUUUAGUUUUUUGAUUUUUUUUCAAUUAAUUUGUUGCAUUUUGUUUGGCAUUUAAUAGGUUUGUAGUAGUGUGUGGAAAAUAUUUAACAAUUUAGAAAUUUCCUAUUAUUAAUUUUAUUUAAUUUGUCAAAUGAAAGUAAAAAAUAAUAUGUUUUAUUCAGUUAUAAAAAUUCAAUGUCUUGAACGAGUUCUCUUUGCAUUAUUAUAAUAUAGUAUGUAAUAUUCUAUAUUAAAUUACUAGUUAUUUAUUCAGAAAAUGAAUUACCUGAGUUACAAUUAACCUUUCAUAAAUUAUUCCAGCUUUAAUUUAUCCAAUUUUCAAUUUUUUCAUACUACUUCUAGAACUGGUUUUAUAAUUUUUAUUGUAGGGUGAUCCAAAUGUAGUGUGCUCAAGAAUAGUGUAAAAAUAUUGUCUUCAAUCAAAGAUUUAAAAGGAAUUCUAUUAUAUUUAUUCACAGAUUUAGUAGCACAAAAUUCAUCUGAUGCAUGCUACAAAACGUUUAAAAAAAUUGUAUGAUAUGAUUAUAACUUUAAAACAACUAAUAAUAAGAAUUUUGACAUAACACUAGAUAUAAGAUAUUGAUGAAAUUAUACUAAUUUUAUAAGAAGAUGGUAGGAAAUAUCAAGUAUUGGAACUGAAAUGUUUCAGAAUCAAUAAUUCAGGUUGUGGGUUUUAGAUUUCUAGAAAAUUUAUCAAUAUUUGUUUCAAGUAAUUAAUUAAAUAGAAAAGUUAAAAUAGUACCAAGCACUUGAAAUUUGAUUUUAAGCACGUUUCUAGUACUGUAUACGGUACAUCAUACCACCCAAAUACAGUUAAAUUUUGAAUAUUAAUCUUUUCAAAUUUGGAAAUCGGCAGCUUCACAAUAAUUGUACAACUGCAAAUUAUUUCUUUCAUCACAACCUUUUUCCUUUGAGGGAGAAGUAAUCUACUAUAUUUUAUUCAAAACUGAUAUCUAAUCUUUCCUUUACAUCAUUCAAGUCUAUUCAUUAAAAGUUUUCGUAUAAAAUUUAAAGUGAUAACAGUAUAAUUUCAAAUUACUUUACAAGACAUGGAAAUGUCUGACUUCAAGAUGGUUGUAGGAAAGAGAAUUAUGAAUUAUAAUAAUUUUAAAGUAAAUUCGCUCAAUAUAAUAAAUGAGAUCGACCAGAGUUGGUUGAGCUUAUAUUCAAUCACAAGUAGUACGGUGUUAAAAAAAUUAUUCUGUUUCUGAAAUACUUGUUGAAAUCAUUUUAAACAUUGGCUUGACCUAAGUUUAAAUUUAAUACUUGUUGAUAGCUAUUAUAAUUCGUUGUUUGUUGAAUUUUACUUGUUUAAAUUGUUGAUAGUUGAUAUUGUAAUUAUCAUGCAAAGAUUUAACACUAGUCUAAAUAAAUAUUAAUAUUUAAUUUCUAAAAAUGUUUGUUGCGUUGAACCAGAUGAGAACAUAAAUUUACUCGAGCACUUAAAUUCGAUUUGAUAUUAUAAAAAAGGGUUUUCAUAAUAUUACAAUUUUCACAGCAUGAAAGUACACAUAAAUCUAAUAAAUUAUGUGUAAACAUUAAUAUGUUGAGUAUAAAUUGUAAAAUUGCAAUUUAAUAUUAUCAUGAAAACAAUUGGAAUUUGGAAAUAAUGCUCUCCAUUCAGCAUCGUAGUAGUAAUAUAUAUAUUAUUUGCUUGUGACUGUUGAGACAAUAUUGAUAUUUUUAUGAACAUUUAACUGUCAAAAUGGAUAGCUACUCUAAAAUGUGGACCCUUCAUUAAUCCUUAUUACCAUUGAUAAAGUGUAUUUAACACACAUUCUUGAAUCUAAGAACAGGGUUGUGGAAACUCUAUUCUAGGCACAAAAAUCACUUUUAAUAAGUUUAUUUCAUUAAAAAAAAUAAAUUAUUCUAUAUGUAAUUUUUCCACUGCUUCCAAACUUUAUAAUUCAUCUAUGACUGAAAUAAUUUACUAUAUGUUUGUUUUAAUGAUUUAAUUAUUAGUUAAUAAAUGAAUAAAUUACAAAACGGUAGGCCUACGGUUACAUGUUGGAUAAUAUUUGUUCUUGCUUGUUUAAAAAGUUUCAUUGUUUUCCAGUGAUAGUUUAGCAAACCUAAAACUUAAAAUGAGUGUCCUGUAAUGUUGACCAUGUGCCCUAAUUUGAAUACUAUUAUGGACCUGGUACUAUACUAGUACCUGAUAUUGUACUAAACUAGGCUACCACAAAAUUGUUGUUAUUGUGUUGUAUUUGUUUUCCAAAAUAGUAGUUGAACCAUGCAAAUAUUAAUGAAAGUUAUUGGUCGGUUAUUUUUUCUGGUUGUAGACAAGCUAAUUACUAUCAAUGUUGAAUUAAUUAUGAACUCUAAUUAUGUGUUACGGUACCGGUAAUUGUAUUGGGAUAACAGUAUAUUAUUAUUCUAUAAGUUUAAGAUUUGAUUUAUUAGAUUAUAACUUUAUCAAUGUUUAACUAAUUUUCAACUCUAAUUAUUAUAUGUUACGAACGUUACGGUACCGUUACUUGUAUUGGGAUAGUAGUAUUUAUCAUUCUAAUGUUUGGGAUUUGUUUUAUUAGAUUAUAACUGUUACCUUCUUAUAACUGUUAAGUUCUUACUUUUGGUAUUUUACAGUAUCAAUGUGCCAAAAUUAGUAUAUUGUGAUAUAAAUGACCUCUACAGACAAUAUUGUUACUUUUCACAAUCCAUAGCAUAUAUUAUAUUCUACAGCUUCUAUUCCUUAGGACCAGACAUAUUAAGCGUUUUUUUCAGGGGGUUUCAGACGGCGUUUUUAGAGUCGGCAGGGCAGUAAGCUCUCCGAUUGGCUGAUUGGGUUGGCGCCUGAAAAAACGCCCAAUAUGGUCUAAACCGUUAUUCAUUGUUACGAAUGACAGAAUAGAUUAGCAUUGUUAUUAAAUUAUAUUUGUCAAAAGCUGAUUUGAACAUUGAACCCGUUAAUUCAAUGCUUUAUUUAUUUAUUGACUAUGAUUUUACUUGUGUUGUUAAAAGGAAUUUGUAAAAGGACAUAAAUAUUUCAUUCUUUUGCAAUUAAUAAUUAUUGUAAUCUCAUUUAAAUACAAAAUCCAUUGAUGAUCACACAUUUUAUAUUGAAUAAUGAAUUUGAGUGGUGAUUGUUUUUCAAUAUCCAACAACAUUUUUGGACUGACUGAUUUUAUCUACAUUUUUAUAAUAUUUUUUAAUAAGGUGCAUACAGAACAAGGAGCUUAGAAACCACUAAAUUCUAUUCACAUCUAAUAAAGUAUUUUAAUAGGGCUUCUUGAAUGUUUAAUGAUAGAAAAUCACUAGUUUCUCGAGUGACAUUCUCAAGAGGAAUUCACAAGUGACAGAAUAUAACAUUUUGACACUUCAGAAUGGCAUAAAUGAUUAAAACUAGUCGUGUUUUAUGAAAUUAACAUAACAAGAGUACUGUACUAGGUUUAAUUAUUUUCUAUAAUUAUUAAUUCAUAUCAUUCAUUAUUUUUAUUCAUUUGAAACAGAUUUGUUUAGGCAUCUUUUACUGUGUAUCACCGUCCUUACAAUUUUACCUCAAUGCAAUCGAUUAAGUAUUGUUAUAGAUGUAAUUUUUUUCUAUAUCUCAUUUUAUAAAAAAGUUUCAAUGUGUAUCAUUUUCAUCUUAAUUUUUGAUGUCUUUAUUAAAGUAAUAAGUUUUAAUUCUACUUAUUUAUUUCAACUUAUUUUUUAAAGAACCCAACGGUUGUGUACUUGAUAAGUAGGUUUAGAGAAAUUAUGACAUAAGUGUGUGCCUGCAACACAAAUGCUCUUAAACCUCAAAAGAUGUUUUAUACUGUCAUAAUUUGAUUUAUCAUAAAGUAAUUGUAGAAACAUUUGUAAAUAAAUUACUGAUAAUAA